AUGAGCCGGCGCUUCAUCCAAACGACUGAGUACAUCAAGUAUGUGUCAGUAUACACUGGCCCGGGUCUAUUCGCCAACCUCAGGGAUGAAUACGACGAAGCACGGAAACGCCUCAUGAAAAGCGAACAUGCCAAAAUCAUCAACGACGAGGACAUCACGUCAGAGACAUGCUAUGUCAGAGAGGUCCAGUUGCACUCACACCUUCUGUUCAAGGUAGUCGUUCUCGAUAAGAACCCGCCCCGUGAACUCAUCCUCCGUGCCGCCGCGAAUACAGCCUGGGGCAUCCUGUAUGCCAGGACGCCACAGUGCUAUUCAGGUUAUAAAAUGCUGCGGUUUCACCCGUCCAAGGAAUUUUCUAAGCAGCUCAGAGGAGACAUGAGGCGCAUUUCUCGUAUUGACUUUUCUCAUCAUCACCUUUUUCAGAUGCAUGUUAAGCCGGUUACGGAGCUUCGGCCGAGUGAGUGGACUCCGGCGGAUGUGGAUGCGCAGUAUGAACGGUAUCCCUUGAGCUGCGCGGAGGACGCGAAAUUUAAGGAGGAACGGCAAAAGCGUUGCAAAAUGCUGGGCUAUGAUACCAUUACCUUCAGCAGGAACUCGAAGGGUGAUACUGAGAUUCUAGUUCAGCGCUGUUAUGAGGUCUUACAGUGCCAGAUGGGACCCGAAAUAAAGGUUUGUGCUGUUGAUUUUGUUUCAUCAAUGAAAGUACACGCGCUGAGCGCUAAGUCGUUUUCAAAUUUUAUGAGAAUUUCCCAUAAUCCGAAUAAGCUGUGCGCGUCCAGCAUAGUAGUAUCCUACCGGAACUGCCCACGAAAUACCCAAAGGAUGAUUGGAUAUUGA